AGAACCAGAAGCUCAUCACUGAUCCAUCAUCAUCAUCAAUGGCGACUUCUCUCUUCUUCAUGCCAACAGAUCAAAACUCCGUCGGAAACCAAAACGAGCGUCUGAGAAUUAACAACCACCUUGGUGUCGCCAACAGCUCCGGCGAGAUCCGGACGACAGAGCGCCAGACCCAGAAGAGCCGUGGUCGGAGACCGGGAUCAAAGAAAGGCCAGCAAAACCAGAAAAAACCGACCUUGAGAGGAAUGGGUGUAGCGACACUACAAGAAAACAAGCUAGAAGCAGAGAACAGGCAACUCGCCGCCACUCUCGUCGGAGACUCGUCACCGAACCCUAACAACGCUGCCCGUUUGUUACCCGUGCCAGUUGUAGACCCGGUGCUCGUCCUACAAGGCUUCCCAAGCUCACUCGGUGGAUGCAGAAACAACAGGAUCUAUUGUGGUGGGGUCGGGUCGGGUCAGAUUAUGAUGGACCCGGUUUGUCCUCCUUGGGGUUUUGUUGAGACCUCUCCUCAUCAUCAUGAGCUCUCUUCAAUCCCAAAUCCUCAGAUGUAUAACGCUAUCUCCGAUCCUCACUGUGACACUUGCUUCAAGAAGAAACGUGUGGAUGAAGAUCAGAACAAUGUAGUUCGAUCCAACGGUGGUGGGUUUUCGAAAUACACAAUGGUUCAUCCUCCGAUGAACGGCUACGAGCAUCUUCUUCAACCAGAUUAUCAGAGGAGCAACCAAGGUUUCAUGUAUGAUCAUCAUCAUCACAGAAUCGCUAGAUCAGCUCCACCUUCUGCUGCUAGUACUCAUCCGUAUCUUAAUGAAGCGACAAAUCAUACGGUAUCAAUGGAGGAAUAUGGGAGCGGCUACAUGGAAGGAAACCCUAGAAGUGGAGGAUCAGGAGGAGGUGUGAUGGAGUAUGAGUUUUUUCCGGGGAAAUACGAUGAUGGCUUUCCAGGAAAUUAUGGUAAAGGAGUUUCAUCAAUGGCUACUACAUCUCCUAAUCCAUCAUCAUCCACCAUUGAUUUGUCUUUGAAGCUUUAA